AUGACAUCGGCAUCCACUCAGACCGAUGUUGCACCAGGACCGGAAGUUCCCCAAAGCCAAAAGCGUACCAGUUUGUCGCCGAAUGAUGUCCCAUCUCAAAUGGACAUUCCAGUAAUCACCAUUCACGCCCCAGGCUCAGAACCCUCCUCCCCUCGAAACAGCGUGGUUCUUCCGCCGCAAACUAAGAAUGUUUCAUGCCAAGCCAACUUCCGAUCAAUUGCUGAUUGCCGAUCUGUUGCCAUUCAAACCGAGGAAAUCCGUAUUGAUCAACGUCCCGUCAAACUUCCUGCCAGUCUCCUCCCAUCCGCGAUUCAAGAUACCAUCCCUCAUCCCGAAUCUCGAGAGAAUAGCCUCGAGUCAUACACUGCACCUCCGCUCCCGCCUCGGUCUGAAAAGCGGAACCAGAUACGUGCAGCGAUAGAUCGUCCUGUGAAACCCCCAAGAGCACCAGGCCCAGAUCAUGUUCAAGCCUACCCAGGUAACAACGACAAUGGGCCCCUUUCAAACGAUGCGAUGUCCAAUAUUCGACGACCUCUCCGGUCCAGCAGUCUCUUCGCUGGCUUCGAACAUAACAGUGACGAUGAAGGCCCCCACGAAGAACGCGAUGUCUUCACUGAUGAUGAGCUCCUCACCCGGCCAUUUGCCUCAUACACCGUCAGCCGCGGCAAGCUAGUCAACGCAAAAUCGACUCCCAGUCUAGACGACAUGGCCCUCCCUGAAAUUGACGAGCAACUCUCCAGCCCAGAGUCAAUGCCCCCCGCCAUCAGCCGUUCCCGUCCUUCUCAGCGAUCCAGCACGGCGUCUUCAAGUAUUCGCCAAUCCGGCAUGCGUAAGAUGGCCAUGAUUUCUAGCGGAACAGCUGCACACCAGAGGACUCGCGCUCGGAGUCCCAGCGAGCCAAGCCUCGACAGCGGCAGCGCAGGCUCAAGCAUCGCGCCACCAUUCCCCGUCCCCAUGCGCUUCAGUUCUCGCAAACUCCCCCUCAAUCGCAGCGACGGACCCCCAAGUCCGACCCGUUCAACCGGAAGGCAAUUCUCGGAUCGUGGCGGGCAAUCACUCGUUCGACGACCGACUCUCCGCCGGGUCCGGUCCGCAGCUGCGAUGUCUCAAUCGGAUCUGACCGAGGGCCCCGAGACACGGUCUUCCCCAUCACGAUCAAUCUCGACCUUCUCUCCAGAGUCUCCUUCAUACCGACCAUACCGGCCACCACCGCCUAUGCCAUUUGACGACAUCACUGCACCCCACGAGCGGCGCGUGUCUCAUAAACGCGCCUCACACAGGCCAACCCCGUCGUAUCAGAGCCAGGACCAACGCGAACGACAGGAUUCCGUUGGCGGCGUGCAGCCAACCAGUGUCGUUGAUGCUAUUGCGCAAACGAUGGUUGGCGAAUGGAUGUUCAAAUACGUGCGUCGGCGCAAGUCCUUUGGCAUGGGCGAGUCCAAGGAUAAUUGGGAAGGCAAGAAUCCCGACGAGGUGUCUGCGAAUAUCACAAGCAGCGGUGUGCGCCACAAGCGAUGGGUCUGGCUCGCACCAUACGAAGGCUCUAUUAUGUGGAGUAGCAAGCAGCCCACAAGUGGACCAGCCUUGCUAGGCAAGAGUGGUCGGAAAUUCACCAUCCAAUCCGUCCUUGACGUCAAAGACGACAAUCCCCUGCCCAAAGGCAGCUCCCCAACCCCAUUCAACCGCUCAAUCCUCGUGCUCACCCCCCAGCGAGCCCUCAAAUUCACCGCCCUAACAAUCGAACGCCACUAUGUCUGGCUCACAGCCCUCUCUUUCCUCAGCCACUCCUCAAUGGGCCUCCAAGAACUUGCUUCCCUACCCCCGGUCCCAACAGAAGAAGCCUCUCCCACACCCCCAACAGCAACCCUCCGCAGAAACCCGAUCCGCGACUCAAUCCGCGUAGCAAAAGGCCGUCCGCGCCCAAUGCCCGGAAAACGCUCCUUCAACAGCGCCGGCGCUCCAUCCGUCCCAGACCUCCCAGAACUUCCCUCAAAAGAAAGCAUCGACCUGGCAGCCGCAGCUCCACAUGUCCCUCGCUUCUCACACAAUCGCAAACGCAGCAAUACUGGCCCCCGCCCGCCAGCCCUCCACGCUCUCCACACUCUCCGCAGCUUCUCCAGCCAGGGAACCAUGCCAUCCUCGCAUAGUGGGACCACGGUCGGCUCCCCGGAACUGCACUUCCCCGUGCCGAUCCCGCUCAGUCGGCAGAGCAGUGUUAGUCAGCGGACUUCGAUGACAAGUGUGGCGGCCUCUAACAUGUUUGAUAUGGGAACUGUGCGGAUGGAGGCGUUUAUUGAUCAUCAUGCUGAACAGAUGAACCGGCCUAGGCCGACGCCUCGUCAGAAACAUACGAGGAAGACGUCUAGUCAGUGGAGUGAGAGACGGUAUGAGUUCGAUACGCCUUCUGUUGUGGAUAGCGAGUUCUCCUAUCGGCCUGAAGGGUCUGAUCCUUUCCGUGGGUUUUGA